AUUUCGUAUAAAAUAUAGGGUAAGCCUGAGGGUUGCAAGCUAGGGUAAGGUUUACUUACGGUGAAAUCCAGGGUUGAACUUCGUUGAAGUUGGUCAUUCCAUGGAACUAACCGGGCUAACACAUACAUGCAGUCAGUGCAUAGCUCUAUGGUCAGUGUGUGGAAUACAGAGGCAGCCAGGUCCAGGAGCGGCAGGAGCAAUCGCUGGAGCAAAAUUGAGCCGAUCGCACCUGCAGGCCGAUUGCGUAACAACAGAGCUUGUUUAUACGGUGUAUCGGGAGUCAUCAUCAUGAUCAUGUAGAACAAGGUCGGGAACAAGUUGCACAUUAAAAUUACAUUAUUUGGUACGUCUGGAAGAGAAACGCAGUUACUGGAUAACUAUAAUAAAGCGAAUAGAUGUAGAAAAUUAGAUACAUGACUUAAACCUUAUAAAGGAAAUUAAAGCGGGACUAUCGCAAUCAUGAGCUCGGCAGGCGACAGCCACGAUGGAUUGACCAAGAAGAAAAAGAAGAAAACUGGCAAAGUAUUUCCCCUCGGUACUCUGGAGAAGACAACAACCGGCCUCAAAGAAUUCUUCUUGAACAAGGAAGAGGACGGAGAGAAACUAGUGGCGAAAGAAAACACUUAUGAGUUCCCAUUUAGCUUUGUCAGCGAUUCUACUUGUAGCUCAGAAAAGCACAAAAAUCUCAAUUGUACCAAAAGACAAAAUCAUGGAACUUCAGCCGAUGGAAUCGAUCCAGACAUCAUAUCAGGUCCCAACAACCCCAACGUGGCUAAUGCCGAGCUGAUUGGCUACUUUGGCCACCUGUCGAGAUCACCUGACCCCAACAUCAAGGUCGAUGUUGAUUACCUGGAGCUGAUCCUAAAGAGGGGUGCGGAUAUCAACACGGCUGAUCAGUAUGGACAGACGGUGCUGCAUGAGGUUGCCAGGACCUGGGACCCCGAUGUGGCUGUGUUUCUCAUCGAGCGAGGGAGCAACGUGAACCAGUCUGAUGACUUUGGCCGGACACCCAUCCAUGUCGCCGCUGCUGUUGACUUCCCGGAGAUGGUCAGCACCUUACUGGAACACGGAGCUGACAUCGAGGCACUGACCGUUGGUGAGAACAAGACACCUCUACACUAUGCGGCUUGCAAUGAUGCAUGCCAUAGUCUUAGGCUUCUGAUUAAGAAGGGUGCUUCCAUCCAUGCUAGGGAUUACAAGGGUAGGACACCUCUCCAGGCAGCCGCAGAGCUAGAUCGUAGUGAGACAGCCGGUCUGCUUCUCGAGUUGGGAGGGAAGGCAUCUGAUAGGGAUUAUUCAGGACACACCGUUCUGCUGCUCAUGGUCACCAAGAUGCCAGCAGUGGCAAUGGUCGGUCUGAAUCAGCUGUACAGGAGUGAUCGUCAGAAUCGGAAGCAGCACUAUGACCUUCACCACCUUGAGCCACCUCCUGAUGAAGAGAGUAGCACAGACAUCGAGAAAAGGACAGUGCUCCAGACGAUAGUGGACUACAACCAAUUGGAUGUCAUCAUGCACCCGGUAAUCAGAAGAAUGGUCGAAGUCAAGUGGAAUCAAUUUGGAAGGACGGGUGCUUAUAAGCAACUUCUCUUCAACCUUCUCUUCAUUCUCAUGUGGACUGUUCUAGCCCUGAGUUUGGAGAGUCCAUUUGAUGUUGAGAUCCCUUCUGACAUCUGGAGAUUAGUAUUAGAGGCAUGUGGCUGUCUCCUAACCAUAUUCCAAAUAAUUGUGGAACUCAAAGACUAUUUUGACUCGAAAUCAGCUUAUUUGAAAUGGAAGAAGUGGAAGAUAAAUGACAUUGAGAAAGACUUCAAGUAUUGUCAUCCAAGAUGGCCGCAGGAGAGGCACUACCUGGAGCAGCAGAUCGAUGAAAUAAAACACAAUGCCCGUUCAUACUUCUCAGAACCGUGGAAUUGGUUUGACUGGUUCGUGUAUAUCUCUCUCAUGUGCAUCACUGCAUUACACGUCUCGGAUAUCUUCAUAGACAAUGACAUCCUUAGUCAGGCUACAGUGAACCUCUUCGCCAUAGUCGUCAUCUUCAUCUGGAUCCGAUUGAUGAAGAGCGUCAGAGCUUUCCAACAACUAGGUCCAUUCAUUGUGAUGCUGGGAAUGGUUUUGAAAGACUUUGGAACGUUCAUCUUUCUCUAUGGCAAUUUCUACAUCCCGUACGCCUGUGCUUUCUGGAUGAUCUACAGUAACAAUAAUGGCACCAUCCCAAGUAUGUCAACACCUGACUCAAUGAUGUACAGUCUCUUCAGAAUCACACUCGUUGAUGAAUAUGAGUAUGAAAACAUGCGAGACCUGAACAUCGUCAUGACGUACAUCUUGCUGGUGUCCUUUUUUCUCAUUUCGAGUAUCCUCUGCAUCAACGUCCUGAUUGCGCAACUAUCCAAUACAUUCCAAAGGGUAUAUGACAAUGCCACGGCCAUAGCCCUCAUGCAACAGACAAAGAUCACAUUGGGCAUUGAAGAUAAUCUAUUCAAAGGGAAGAGGAAGAAAUACUGGAAACACAUCAGGGAGAACUGCAGCCCCCUCAGCCUGUUCUACGAUGACGAUGUCGUCCAGGAAAGUGGCGACGAUCUGAGAAAGAUGACCUUUCACAUCCAGGAUUCACUGUUGGAGCUUGACGAGUUCAUUCGCGAUCAGCAUUCACGGGCGCAACAGGACAACCUGACCAAGCUGCAUAGGCGGAUGGAGACUCUCGAGGUCGACCAACGGAGGGUCUCGGAGAAGAUGACCUCUGACAUGAAAACCGUCAAAGCCAUGCUCACGGCUGUACUGGAGAAGAUGGACAAAGGUGGAGGAGGAUGGGAUGAUGGUGGAGGUGGUGGUAGGAGGAGAGGAGGGAGCGACGACGACGAUGAUGAAGACCGGCAAAGAGGACAUUCUAGUCGGAGGAGUAGAAGAGACAAUGAUCGCGAUGAUGAUGAUGACGACCAUCGGAGAGGACGUUCUGGUCAUCGGAGUAGAAGAGAUGAUGACCGCGAUGUUGAUGAGCAAGAACCAAGGAGCAGUCGAGGGAGAAGCAGAUCGUCACGUCGUGACAGGAGAUAUGAUGAUGAUGAUGCCGACCACGAUGACGAUGAAAGGGGCAGGCGAAGCCGGUCUGGUCGUGGAAGCAGUCGAGGUAGAGAGGGGGAGGAUGAUAGGGGUAGCGGUAGCCACAUCGACAACAAUCAUGAUUAUAACAAUAGAAGUAGGAGUUACGAUCGAUCCGCUGGAAGAUCAAGGAGCCAACAAAGCAGAAGAGAUGACUACGAUGACAACAAUCUAGGACGAAGUGGAGACCGUUCCCGAAGUGGAUCUCGUCGUGAGAGGAGGGAAGAUAGAUACGACUAUAAUAGAACAGCUUCUAGCAAUGUCGGUAUAAGAGAAAAGGAAGCUGGAAGGAAAAGCCGCAGUGAUCAAAUCCCCAGAGCACAGAAGGACCAUCGGGACCGAUCUUUGAGCCCAUCUUGGAAGCCAGCAGUGGACGAUGAGAGUCCGCCGCCAUCUGCAAGGCGACUCUCCCGUCGGCCCACCCUGAUGUCUGAAUCCCUCUUCUAUCUGCCGCCCUCUGGAGGGGAUAAAAGGAUGCAAACAUAUGAGGCUGAAAACAAGAAGGAACGCAAACUACGCAAGCAACGGGAGGAGUACCUUCAACUGAAGCUUUGGAACGGCAAUACUAACGGUCAGGGUGAAAGGGCACCAAGGGACAAUGACUACCUCGACGAGCAAGGCCGUCUCAGGAAUUUGGCGGAGCUGAUCAGAAUGAGAAGCACAUCAAAGAAUUGAUUCCGGUGCCUCACUUUGCGACGAGGACUCGAUUCCCCCCUCUCUUUCGUGUCAAGGCAAAAUUGACCAUGUAGGUGGACCAGCUGUCCGGUAUGCGACUCACUGAGAUCGUGUCCUGCCUGGAAAUUCUUGACUAGCGGUUUCGAGAAGGGUUUUUGAUGUUUUUGAUGGAACACUGAACACUUGGCAUUAAGUUCCUGCCAUUCUUGUCGGAACUAAACUCUGAUGGGCAUUAGCUUUGUACAUGGAGUGGAUCAUUGUUUGCUGACCCUAGACUUACUGAAUUGCAUUGGAUAUACCAGUGAUAGAGACAUCAAUUGGGGAUAGCAAACUGGGUGUACCAACAAGGAAUUCUUCGACCAAGCCUGCUUAGCUGCGGGCAACUGUCUGGCCAGUGAUAAGUGAGAUAAUGACUCUACCAUAAGGCAAUUUCCAGUGGCAUUACGUUCUGUUUGUCAUUACUUUUUUUUCUCCUCUGGGGAUUUAUAUCCAAAUGGUGUUGAAUUCCCUAUGAAGACGGAUGAUUAUCUCCCUUCUAAUGCUACAUGUAGGUGAUUUUGAGGAGGCACGAUGGCUUGGUCGGUAGAGCGGGGACAAAAUUUUUCUCACCCAUAUUUUUUCUGAUUGGCCCCUCAAAGUAUAUUUUUGUUUGUUUCUUUGAAGGGGUAGUCCUAAACAGGGGCGGCGAGGUUUUGAAAGUGCGGGGGCUUAGCCGAAAAUGGAAGGGGUGGCUGACCAUGCAAAUACAAAUUUUUCAUUUUUGUACACAGGUUUUGAAACAAAGCCCCUGCAGCACUAUACCUGGUCACGUUUCACAGGUUAAGUCCAUAGCAAAUCUCCUUCGCCAACAUGAUCUGCGUUGCUCCAUUUAGGAUACCCUCUUCGCAAGGGAUGGGCCCCUUUAAAUACCUGCAUUUUGCAUAUUCAAUGAAACCAGUUUUGAUAAAGUAACGUCAAUAGUACCUUAUACUAAUUAGUUUCAUUUGUAAAAUAGCCUUAAAAACGGACAUACUGAAGCUUUUCGACAUGCACUCAUCGGAGUAAAAUCGCAUGAAUGACCAAAAUGCUAGAGCAAAACAAUAUAUAAUAGAAUCAAAACAAGACAAUGGACGCUAAAUGGCGAGCCGUGAUUGGCUGUCAAGUAAACAAUCACGGCUCAAACAUUGUCACUCUUGAUAUUUGGCACCUUUUAGAUGGGUCAGCAGCCAGCUUUUUCCAUCAAGAUACAAGAUGAGAAUUUUUGAAAAUUCUGAGUAGCAAGAAAUCCAGAGUUCUGAUUGGCUGGAUAGGGUUUCAGAACAACAGCCGUGGGUAAUUUAAAGAGAUAACCACAUGGUGAGUGUGACAUUGUAGAGGCCCAGCAUUGAAAUCAUUGGAAUAUGGGUGGGUGUGUGGUCUCUUUUGACCAAUCAGAGUGCAGCAUUCUUUUCUUUCUUUUUUUCAAGCUGCUUAAUGUACAUGUACUUGGCCUAUGAAAAACUGGAUGCUGACCCAUCUAAAAAUUAAUCUUAUAACUUUUUAUAAAACCUCUAUCAUAUUAAAUACUCCAGGGGUGGGGGGCAUUAUAGCGCCCCGGUCGAAUUUUUGUUGGUACUUCCUCAUGCCUCAAUAUUUUUUAAACAAAAUUGAUGACUUUUUUUUCUUUGCUUCUUCCCGAACAUUUUGAUACCAAAUUUAUGGCGAUUGGACCUACCGUGGCCCCUCCCCGGUAAUAACAAGCUUUGAAAUACCCUGGGAGUAUUAGGGAUAAAGCUUACAUCUUCAGCUUUAUCAUAAUCUAAAAAUCAUUUGGACUCAAACAAAAUUUAAAGUGUACAAGCAAAUUUUAUGAGAUGAAAACUAUUAUUUUGUAUCACGUUUUAGAUAAAAAAGUUUCACCUAUUUUACAAAAUCACUUACAAAAUCCAGACACAUGACAUGAAAGAUUUAUUUUUCUCCUUUAUAAAGAUACCAAAACAUAUAAUUUGGUCAAUAUUUUGAGUAGCAGUGGCAGAAUAAAAAAGGAAGCUACAUUUUGAGGACCGCCUAUUGAGUGUGUGCUAAGUAUAUUUUACUGUUCUAACAUGUAACUUGCUGUACAGUAUUAGCUUAUAUUUGUAUUGUGACAAGUAAUAUCAAAUUGUAUUACCAGAUAUUUCAACCUUAUUAACCCGUUGCUAACUUGAACCUGAUGGUCCAUAUACAAAGUCUAUGGCAAUUACAGAAUCCAAUAGUCAACGGGUAAAUUGUAAAAUCAUGGAUGAUUCCCCCAAAAAAGUACAUGUAAUUAUCAACAUUAGAAUAUAAAUAAAUAGAUGAAUAAAUAAAUAAGUACAGUGUAAGUAAGUAAAUAAAUAAAUGAAUGAAUGAAUGAAUGAAUGAAUGAAUGAAUGAAUGAUUGAAUGAUUUAAAUAAAUAAAUAAAUAUAAUGAAAUGAAAAUCCGAACUUUGCAGUGUGUAAUAUUUUUUCCAAUACUGUAGUUGUAAAGUCAUAACGAAACAUUGGUGAAAUGGUAAAGAUUCUUCCUUCCACAUUUGUAAAGGUAGGGAGGACUGUCUAUAAAUGAUUUUAAACUAGAACUAAUAUUUAAAUUGCAAUGGAAAAAAAUUUAUACCCUGAUUGUGUGUACAUUUGCAAACAUUGUAUUUUAUAUUCUAUUGCCUAUUGUACGUAUUAAUCAACCAACCUGCCUUUCUUUUGAAAAAGAACCUUGCCUUUUUUUAUGCAUCACCUUUUAAUGUAAAUUUUUAGCAUGUAAAAUGACCUCAAUUGCAC